AUGUUCUCCAAGCUCAUCCUCAUCGUCCUUUCCGCUACCACCGCCCUCGCGGCUCCUCUUUACCCUCGAACCCUGGGUCAAAUCACCUUCUACCAUCCCGGCAAGGGUGCCUGCGAGGACAGCCACGGCGACGCCGACAUGGUCGCUGCCAUUGGCCGAGGUCUUUAUGACUCUGGCGACUACUGCGGCAAGAACAUCAAGCUUACUGGUGACGCCGGCGAAGUCAUUGUCACCGUCGUUGACCGCUGCGAAGGCUGUGCCGAUAACGAUCUCGACGUUUCUCCCGCUGCUUUCGAAAAGGCCAUGGGAGCCAAGAGCCAAGGGCGCGUCCAGGGAGAGUGGAACUGGGCCUAA